AAUCUUUUUGAGCAGGAAGUUUGUGGCGCGUGAUGGUGUCAGCGAGUGCAGUGAGUGUCUGUGUCCUUUCAUUAUAAAUCAGCCGUUUCUGAAAUCAAACACGCGUUGUGUGAAUAUGUGUGAUCGCGUGAAAAUGUUCGUGUGUGUUUUGAGGAGAACGCGCUGGAUGAGACGCGUCGCGAGCAGAAGCGCAUGCACGCUAGAGCUGGAGCCGCGCGUCAGAUUCGCCCCCAGUCCAACAGGGUUUCUGCAUCUUGGCGGUCUCCGUACAGCUCUGUAUAACUAUCUGUUCGCCAAGCAGUGCGGUGGCACGUUUAUUCUGCGUUUAGAAGACACUGACCAGACGAGAUUAGUGCCCGCAGCAGCUGAUGCCAUCGAAGACAUGCUGGAAUGGGCAGGAAUCCCGCCGGAUGAAAGCAGACGCAGAGGAGGCGCUUACGGUCCGUACGUUCAGUCUGAGAGACUUCAGCUGUACGCACAAGUGACAUCAUCACUGCUGCAGUCUGGACACGCCUACUACUGCUUCUGCACCAAUCAGAGAUUAGAGCUGCUGAAGAAAGAGGCCCAGAGGAGUGGACACGUGCCGCGGUAUGAUAACAGGUGUCGUCAACUGCACCCAGAGCAAGUGCAGGAGAAAUUGUCCCGAGGAGUUGCGCGUGCUGUUCGGUUUAAACUGUCAGCCGGCACCGAGCCGUUCAAGGAUCUGAUCUUCGGCUGGAACAGACAUGACGUGGCAUCAGUGGAGGGCGACCCGGUCAUCCUGAAGAGUGACGGAUUUCCCACAUAUCACCUGGCGAGCGUGGUGGAUGACCAUCUCAUGUGCAUCAGUCAUGUGCUGCGUGGCUGCGAAUGGCUCGUCUCCACCUGCAAACACCUGCAGCUGUAUCGUGCGCUGCGCUGGACUCCGCCCACUUACGCUCACCUGCCGCUGCUGCUCAACCGCGAUGGCAGCAAACUGUCCAAGCGCCAGGGCGACAUCUUCAUCCAGCGCUUCAGAGAACACGGCACGCUGCCCGAGGCGCUGCUCGACAUGAUCACACACGCCGGAUCAGGAUUCAACAGUAAUCGUAUUGGUCGACGUCUGGAUGAAUUAAUCGAUGAGUUCAACAUUUCAAAAAUCACGACUCACUCGGCUUUGCUGGAUCUGGACAAACUACCCGACUUUAACAGAGUUCACCUUCAGCACAGGAUUGAUGAUGAGGAUCAGUGUGUUCUACUGGCAGAUGAGUUGCGUCGGCUCGUUCUUCACACACAUGGAUCUCAGAUGAGUGACUGUGACGUUCUGCAGCCGCAGUACAUGCAGAGAAUCCUGCAGCUCAGGAAGGGUCACAUCACUUCAGUUCAGGAGCUACUGGAUCCCAUGUAUUCUUACCUGUGGCUCCGCCCACACGUUACCCGGAAACAGCUACAGGAAGUGACAUCGGAAGCAGCAAACAUCAUCGCAGCAGUCAUACAGUUGGUUCGGGGUCAUGGGUCACGUGUGUGCACUGAGCACUUGAACUCUGAACUGAAACUGAUUGCCAACAAACUGAAGAACACAAAAUACAACAACAUGAUGAGAGUGUUGAGACUCACACUGAGUGGACUACAGAAGGGUCCGAGUGUCGCAGAGAUGGUUGUGUGUUUGGGUGAACAGGAAGUGUGUGUUCGUCUGCAGGCGGCUCUGGAACACUGACUCAAACAAACACUUGUGUAUUGAAUAAAACUGAUGUUAAUAUUGA